AUGGCCACGCUCAACAAGAAGACCGCCAGCAAGCCUGCUCAAGGUGUCCCCUUUUAUACUCCUGCUCAGGAACCCCCAGCCGGCACAGCCCUCGACUUUGACCCUGAGCACCCGUCCAAGACACCCACCAUCUUCCAUCCCCUGACCAUCCGGGGUGUCACACUGGCGAACCGCUUUGUCGUCUCGCCCAUGUGCCAGUACAGCGCAGAUGACGGCCACCUCACAGACUGGCAUCUUGUUCAUAUCGGCGCCUUCGCCGUGCGAGGGGCCGGCCUGACCAUAACUGAAGCAUGCUCGGUGCUCCCAAACGGGCGCAUCUCCCCGGAGGACGCUGGCAUCUGGAAGGACAGCCAGAUAGCGCCCCUGAAGCGCAUCACCGACUUUGUGCACUCGCAGGGCCACAAGGUCGGCUGCCAGCUGGCCCACGCCGGGCGCAAGGCCAGCACCUUGUCGCCGUGGCACCGGGCGAAGGUCGGCGAGGGGCACGUCGCUACCGAGGAGCUCGGUGGGUGGCCGGAUAAUGUGUGGGCGCCAAGCUCCAUACCUUUCUCCGACACCUACCCGCAAGUGAAGGAGAUGACGGCGGACCAGAUCAAGGAGACCGUCGAGGCGUUUGCUACGGCAUCGAAGAGGGCUGUCCAGGCGGGCUUUGACGUUGUUGAAAUCCACGGCGCCCAUGGGUAUCUCAUCAACCAGUUCACGUCGCCACUCAGCAACACACGAACCGACGAGUGGGGCGGCUCCUUCGAGAACCGCAUCCGGUUCCUCAUUGAGAUCAUCAAGGCAGUCCGCGGCGCCAUCCCCGAGACGAUGCCGCUCUUCCUCCGUAUUUCCAUGACGGAAUGGAUGGAAUGGCAUAGCAAGGAUUACAGCUGGGAUCUCAAGCAGAGCAUCAAACUGGCUCACAUGCUCCCCGAGCUCGGUGUUGACCUCCUCGAUUGCAGUUCGGGCGGCAACAACCACCUACAAAAGAUAAACCUCAACCCCUUCUACCAAAUUGAUCCGGCCGGGGAGAUCCGGCAGAGCUUGAAAGAGGCAGGUAAGAAGCUGCUGAUCGGCGCGGUUGGUCUCAUCACGACCGCGGAGAUGGCGAGGGACAUCGUACAAAGCGAGUGCUUGUACACGGUUGGCGAGGACCCGGAAAAGGGUGCAAUGGAUUAUGUUGCCGUGGCCGAGAAGUGCGAGGACAAGUCCAAAGCGGAUGUGGUCAUCGUUGCAAGGCAGUUCCUGAGGGAACCGGAAUUCGUCUUGAGGACGGCGCAGCACUUGGGUGUCAAGGUCAAGUGGGCAAACCAGUACGGUCGAGCUGGGUGGCCAGAAAACCAGAAGGUUUAG